AUGAAGACAGGCAUAGUUUUGGUUCUGGUGGUUUUCAUCACCCUGCAGAUGGAGAUGGCCAGUGCUAAGGGAUUUCUUUCCAGAGGGCAACAAAGACCUGGAGUCUGUCCAAAGGUGCUGAAAGAUGCUACAGGGAAUUGUGUUUCACAAUGCUCAGGAGAUUAAUCAUGCCUAUUAAGAAUGAAAUGCUGCAGCAAUGGGUGUGGCAAAGUCUGCAGAAUUCCUCUUUUCCCAGGAAGUAUAAAGCGCUGGUGGCGUAGUGCCUAA